UCGCUUGGUACGUCAGCAACGGACAGUGACGUCUUAAAUGCGCGACAUAGUCUCAGCAACGACCCAUGUGAGGAUAUCGCUCAGCAGAUAUGGCGACAGCCGUGAUAUGUGGUGAAUGGCUAGUUACAACAAGUGGGGAAAAACUGACAGCUGUACACACGUGCGAGAGUCGAGACGCGUUCGUGUUCGACUGCAGUAAAUUGGAGUUGAAACCGAAGGAGGCCGUCGCAUCCGACAACAGCAGGGAGGAGUGUGGAGAAGAGGCGGGCUCCGAUGCGGUGCUCGCGGUGGCGGCGUCUCCUAGCGGCAGGCUGCUGGCCCUGACCGACGACCGCAAACGCCUGCUGCUUCUGGCGACAGAACCGGACUGGCACCUCCAGAGCUGCAGAUGGGUGACUCGUCGGUGCACAGCGUUGGCGUUCUCUCCUGAUGAGGAGAGUGUGUGGGUGGCAGAUAAGUCCGGGGAUGUGUACUCCUUCUCCACUAAACUCACACACACACCAGGAGACCUCCAACUGGGACACCUCUCAAUGCUCCUGGCUCUGGUUGUGACGGCUGAUGACCGCUACGUCAUCACAGCAGACAGAGACGAGAAGAUCAGAGUCAGUCACAAGGCUGCACCCCACAACAUCCAGAGCUUCUGUCUUGCACACACCGAGUUCGUCAGCACUCUGAUUGUCCCCCCGGGGCACCCUGACCGCCUCCUCUCAGGAUCUGGGGACGGCUCAGUAAAACUCUGGGAAUAUGCUAACGGCCAGAGGCUACAGAGUCUGGACCUGCAGGAGAUGCACCAAGAGGAGAGAGUGUGUAUCAAGCGCAUCACCUGCUCUCCUGAUGGGCAAAAUAUAGCUGUGCUGUGUGACAGGUUGCCAAGGCUACAGCUCUUUGAGAUGAAGACAGGAUCUGAAGCCACGCCCACCCAGUGUUUGCCCCUCCCACAGUCACCGUUGGAUAUGACCUUUGACCCUCAGGGUCGCCUGUGGGUGCUACUGGACGACCAACACACACCUGUGCUGCUGUUCACACACACAUCACGUCACUGGGAGUGUGAUGCGGAUCAGCCUGAUCUGAAAAGAGUGACUGAAGUUCUACAGACUCACAGUGUGCCUCUGCCAGAGGCUGGCUUGCGGCUGCAGCAGUUGUACAAGGCUGGCUUUGACAACACCGCCACCUACAGGCAGCGUAAGGAGCAGCGUCUGCAGGAGAAGAGAGACCCCAGCACCUCCCCACAAUGCAACGGGGCCAAGAGACCACGGCAACGGCAGCAGACCAAGCCCUCGUCUCCUAGCAGCGCCUGAUCGUUAUGGGAUGGCAAACACCAGCCCCUCGUCUCCUAGCAGCGCCUGAUCGUUAUGGGAUGGCAAACAGUUGAUGGGAACAAAUUCAGACUUUUAUUUUCACAAGCUCUCACUCUGCUGAGCCUUUCCGAUUUAAAAACAGUUGAAAAAAGAGCCUCAGUCAGCCUGUGUCACGCUUUUGGAACAAAUAGAACAGUUUAAAAAAGAGCCUGAAUAGGUCUCUGUCAUGCUUUUGGAACAAAUAAAACAAUUAAAAAAAGAGCCUGAA